AUGGACUUAUCCAACAAAUCUUUCCACGAUAUUUUUCUGCAAGUCAUGGUAGGGCACCCUGACGACGAUAUACAUAGGGACGCCCACAUGCAGGAUACACGGCGUUCCUCCCACCCCAACGAUACCUCACCGCUCCCAUCCGACGUCGUGAUCGGAUGGCGUUCGCUGUGUGGUUCCGUCCUGCCGGAGAAUAUCCGUGCCCACGCGGAAGCCUAUUCUGCAACGGCCGUAUCACCACACCAUUCCAAUACUCGUCGAACGACCCAGGCUACCGCCAAUUCUGUGACUAUUAGCAACCGCACAUUCCCGCUCGAUUCGAAACAAUUGUCUGAUCCUAGUAACGUGCCUGCCUCCAACCACAACGAAAACAGCUAUCUAUACGAGCGUCAUAGUCCUGUGCCACUUGUGAGCCCAUUUCUACCCGAUAUGACGGUUUGGGACAAUUCUAUGCAGCUUGGUUUACAACCAAUAUUUACGGAUCACGAUUCAACGUUUGCCUCUGCUUUCGGCAAAACGUACGUAUCUCCCGAAACCUUGCCGGUUCCUGCUCUCCCGGCGCCUCCCCCCGCUUUCGAUCGGGCGCACUCCUUGGCCUUUUCGGUUUCCAGCGACUGUACGAGCCAAUCUGCUCUCUUUUUUCAUCCUAUAUCUAAUCCCACACACGAUCCACCCGUUUCACCACUCAAACCAUGUUUCUUGGAUACACAAGAGCAGCCCGUGGUGCCAGACAUCGUCCACAACUUGCCAAUCGAACCCCGUCCCACCAAGAAGCUACGCACAACGGAAACGAUCAAUAAUGAUGAUCUGUGGCCUCGCGCGUUGUGGCCACAACCUACACCGCAGCUAGCGAUCAACACAACGUGUGCGCCACUCGCCCCACCACCGGCCCAGCACGACUCCCAACCAGUCGUAUUGCUCCCCAUGCCAAUUGUUUGGCCCAAAACACCACCAGCCUUGAACACAAACCUGACUUUCGACACGCCGUGGCUCUCCGCCGCUCAAGUGGCCACCAAGAAAAGUGACCCCGUCGUGAAAAGGAAUAAGGACAGCGAACAGAUUUCCGCCAACAUUCUUGUCGCCUCGCGACCUAGCGUGGUCGAUCCACGGUUGGCUACGUUCUUGGAACGCUUUGACAACGCCGAAUGGCGAUUGCAAGCCCUGCAGGCCAAAAACGCCGAACUCCAAGCCAAAGUGCAGGAAGCCGAACGGCAAAAACGCGCCAUGCAACAGUUGGCCAGGUAA